GGUCCGGAGAGGGGAGGGGAACCGUCUAGUUUCCGGUUUUGGGCUGGAAUUGACACACAAUGAGGAGUCGGGAGCAGCCGCUCAAAAGCCUUCUGUAAAUAAACAGGACCUUCAUCAGGCCGGCGAACUAUGGAGAAUCAGUGCACGGUUCAGGUAAAGCUUGAGUUGGGUCACAGGGCCCAGCUGAGGAAGAAGGUGACGUCAGAGGGCUUCACCCACGACUGGAUGGUGUUUGUGCGAGGCCCUGAGAACAGCGACAUUCAGCACUUUGUGGAUAAAGUCGUCUUCCGGCUGCACGAGAGCUUUCCUAAACCCAAGAGGGUGUGUAAGGAGCCACCGUACAAGGUUGAGGAGUCGGGAUAUGCUGGUUUUCUGAUGCCCAUAGAGGUCUACUUCAAAAACAAGGAGGAGCCAAAGAAGGUGUGCUUCAAUUACGACCUCUUCCUUAACCUGGAGGGAAACCCACCUGUCAAUCACUUGCGCUGUGAGAAACUAACCUUCAAUAACCCCACUCGUGACUUCCGCCGCAAGCUGGUAAAGGCUGGAGGGAUCAUGGUGGUCCCAGAGGGGGCAGAGGUGGUCCCGAGACCCAGCCCAGAUUACCCCAUGCUUCCAACCAUCCCACUCUCUGCCUUUUCUGACCCUAAGAAGAGCAAGACCUCACAAGGAUCAAAGGAGCCAAGUAAAGAGGGAAGCAAAGUGUCCAAAUCUCACAAAAUGGCCAAGGAGCAUCGAGAGCGGCCACGAAAAGACUCUGAGAGCAAAGCCACAUCCAAAGGGGACGUUGAGCGGGACGGCAGCAGCAAAAGUAGCCGUGACCCUUCCUCAUCUUCAUCUUCGUCAUCCAAGAAAACCGAGAUCAAAGUGAAAGAGGAGAACAAAGUCGUGCCCAAAGCUGCUUUCAAGGAGCCAAAACUCACGCCGAAGGAGUCCAAAAUGGAAGGCAUGUCUCCUAAAGGAGGGGGGACAGGGUCAGCGGGUGGUGGAGGGGGAGGUGGAGCGGCCGAUGGAAAAGCACCCAGCAAACGACCUUCCAAUGCAGAGUCACCCAAACCUAGUGUCAAGAAGCCAAAGAAGGGGGGUUCAGAGGGGUCAAAAGGCUCCAGCAGUGGGGGGUUCACCGGCACCGGCACCUCCCCCCGAACCACGUCUUCCUCCACGACCUCCUCGGGAUAUGCCGAUAAGAAGGCCUCUAAAGAGAAGGGCCGCUGGGCCAAGAGCAAGUCAGAGGCCCAGGAGGUCAAGGAGUCUAAGAAGCCUCCGGAAUCCGAUGACUCCAACUCAGACGAUGAGGCCUCGUCUAAGUCUGAGGUUAGACAGUCAGCACCUUCCAGCCCGUCUAAUUCCAGCUCCAGCUCAGAGUCCAGCUCCGAUUCAGACUUUGAGCCACAGCAGAAACAAGGCCAAGGCCCGCUGCGCUCUAUGGUGGAAGACCUUCAGUCGGAGGAGUCUGAUGAUGACGAUAGCAGCUCAGACGAAGAGACGCCAGUCAAGAACAACCUGCCCAGUCGAGACUCCAGGCUGAGCUUAGACAGCGAGAGUGACUGCAGUGACGGGCCGCAGCGUCCCAGUCGAGACCCACCACCCCAGCCACCGAAACACAGCACCACCAACAACAAGGUGUCAGGCAGAAAGAGUCCAGACCCUUGUUUACGACAAGAAAAGGUCCUGAAGAAGGGAUACGACAAGGUAGGAAGGGCGUACACCGAAGAGCUGGUAGACCUUCAUCGCAGGCUGAUGGCAUUAAGAGAGCGUAACGUUCUACAGCAGAUCGUGAACCUCAUCGAGGAGACCGGCCACUUUAAUGUCACCAACACAACUUUUGACUUUGACCUUUUCUCAUUGGAUGAGUCAACUGUCCGUAAACUACAGAGCUACCUGGAGGCCACCGCCACAUGACAGGAAGUCCAUCAAGACUCGGGGGAGGGGGGAGGGCUGCCCUUUUCACUUCUUUUGUCCUGAGAGAGGGCUGCAAAAGGUGAAAAUCUGUUCACAGGAAAUGAAAACAGUGGGAAAUCAUGAAAAGGAGUGAAACAGUAUUUUGAGGAGGAAGUGCAGCUAUGAACCAACACUACAACACUUCUUCUCUCCUCCUCAAUAUCCUGUUGGACAGAAAGUUCUCUUCUUAACGGGGCCAGAACUGCUGGAGGGUCAUAUUCGAAUCAGCUGGAGAAAAAAAAAAAAAAAAGUCUCCCUGUAGCCAUACGCACUGAUGCAUCAAGGGUUGCAACCUUUUAUAUUUUAUUUUUAUACCAAUGUUUUUCAAGGUAUUUUUGAUUGUGGUCGGAAAAGGAAGCCCCGCACGCCAUGAAUGUAUCGCUUUUUAUCCUCUAGGGCUAGUCUUAGUGCCUUUUUCACACCAUCUCAUUUGUGCUCUUAGGAAUUACAGCAGUGUUAUCUUUCACUCCGACUUUAGUCAGUCCUUCUAUAUAUGUGGGAUCCCUGGAUAUCGUCCCGGGGAGAUUCCGAUUUGUAUGCCAAUAUGUAUCAAUCCUCAUUUAUGUGUUCGCCAAACGGGCCUUAGAACUUAAAUGUUGUGCAUUGCUAGUGCAGCUUGUGAAAGUAUUUGGAAAUCUGUGUUGAUCUCUGUGUUUUCUGUCAUCAUAUCUGGUUUAUUCAUUAGACUAAGCGGGAGAGACAAAAGAAAAGGACGAGACACGCUGUUUUCCUCUCAUGUGGCCCCUGAAACAGCAGGCUGUAGAUUCACUGUGCUUCUGACUCCGACUCUCUCUCUCUCUCUCUCUCUCAGAGUGACUAUAUCUCGACUUCACUGACUUCACCUCUGUGUCCAUUGUUAUGCUAAUAGCUUUAAGAGGCUCCGUGGCCUGAGCUGCAGACCACAUGCCCUUAACUUCACCCUGCAAGAGUCUGUGAGUGUCGUUUGCACGGGUUUUGAAUCUCCAGUUGAUUCGUCUGAAUCUUAACGAACAAAAAUGUUUAUAACUUUGUACUGAUUUAGCAUAUUUGCGCGCUUUUCAGCGAGAGAAUGCUUGAGUGUCCUGUGCGUGAACUUUUGACUCCCAUUUCUUGGUGUGUGAACUUUAACCUUUGACCGGAUACUGGUUCAGGUCAGCCUGUCAUAAAGGGGUGGGACAUGAGGCAAGGGGGGUGGAGUUCGAUGAACUUGAGUGGCAGCUCUGAAAAGAGCACACCCGGUUGUUGCUGUUUUUUAAAAAAUAUUAUUUGAGGGGGUUAUUUUUUAUUUAUGUACCUCUGCACUUUUGGCUUUGUUGACUCAAGUACUUAAUUGUCUAAAUUGUAUUUUUAAUAGUUUUAUACAAUAUUUACAUGCAAUAUGAUAUUAAUUUGUCAAUUAUUGUGUCAAGAAAUGCCAGUUUUUAAGGAAUUUUAGUUAUUGUUAUUUUUUUUUUCCUCUGUAUCAGCACAUUAUAUCGUCAUAGACUGUAAACGUGACCAUCAGAACUUGAAACUGUUACUUCAGGCCAAUUUAUGAGUUCAUGGCAGGGUGUGUUUGUAUAUCAGAGUUGAUUUUCUACAAGUUGACAUCUAGCAUCUGUUUUGUUGUAGCCUCAUUAUCAUCCACUACAAGGGGAGGACUGCAGAUUUGCGAAACGAACAAGUAUUUGUUACUGUAUUUGUUUUAAACCGUGCUGAAAAGCUGGUUUGCUUGUCUUAGAGUGGUUGUGGGCACUUGUCACUUGGUUAAACCAGCUAAGACCAGUUGGUUUAAGGUUUUUUUUUUUUUUCAGCAGAAAAGUGGAGAACCUCUGUGUUUUGUACAUGGAAUGCAGCAAAGUAACACUAAUAGAGGGGCGAAUAUUUCAGACAGUCAUAUUACACAGAUACACAUGUAUAGUAGACAGCUGGAGUCUGAGGAAACGCUCAUCAACGGUUAAUACUGCAUCAUUUUCACAUACUUCGCUUGCAGGUUCAGAGGUUCAGGUUUUUUUUUUUUGUCAGUCAGUGAUGGUUUUGUUUGUGUUUGUGAGCGCGGAAGAACUUGCUGUAUUUAUCAUAGACUGGGGAGGUCUGGGUUUUUACAUAAUGUUCUGAUAACGUGGUAGAAAACCUUCCGUGAUCUGAACAGAAGAAUAACCUUUAGUAUGACGUGUUAAACUUGGCAUACAAUGCCACCAUGUGGUCAUUUGAUGCAAGUUGUAAUAAGGGCAAAAGAUGUUACUUUUUAUGUUUUUAUUGCAAAAUCAUAUUAUGAAUAAAGUCAUUUGAGUACUGUU